AUGACACCAUGUUCGACUGCAGGCAAAAUUGGCAGCGAGUUUACUUAUAUCUUGGCUGCCGCUCGCGGGCUAAGAGCACUCUGGACGCAAUCCCCGAAUGGCCGCGAAAGCGUAUUGAAGCCCAAGAACCGCUACGGGGACCUUUACCGGGCCAAUACAAUGACCUCGACUAGGCGCGCAGGUUGCCAGAUCAUUGCUUCGUUCAUGCCGCUGACCAGGGUAAAACCUGCUUCGCCUAGUGUCCAUUCACAAGUAGUCCACUCCAGCAGAUCCAAUCAGAAUCAAAAUGGCGUUAUCGAGGGGGUCAUGGGGGGUCAUAGGCACAUAGUGAUCAUCGCGAAAUUGCCGAUGUGCGGUGUCACCAUGUUCAAUCUCGGCCUAUACGUAAAUGUCUCACCAGUUUCUGUGUUCUGUAGGAAGCUCGAGCACCGGCUGCAGCCGCCUGCGCCGCACCGGCAGCAGCUGUGUUCACCGCACCGGCAGCAGCUGUGUUCGCCGCACCGGCAGCAACUGACGCCGUCGUCAGUUGCAGGGUUGACACCCCUUCAAGACCAGAUGGAACCAGCGCCUGUCAGCUCACGUCCCCAGCUCAUGGAGGGCCCAGAAGGCAACAACGUUCUAGAACCCGCGACCACGCCCAUGGCGUCGCCUGCACCUUCAUACCGGCGUACGGAGGAGGUGCCUGACACCAAGCCGACACCUGCGACAUUUCGCACGCCAGUGGCCUCGCUCUGCCCGCAUAUGGAGGCCGGGUGGGAGGCGUCUACGCCCAUCCAGCCGCCGCUAGGCACCUUGAAGACCUUCAGCCGGACUAUCAAUGUGACGAAUCGGUGCUUUCGUGAAUCUUCGGCGCUUGUAAUCAAGCCAUGCAAAGCAACGCAUUCAGCACGGGUAUUGCCACUAGUGAGAGCCUCGGUCGCCGCCGCCCCACCCGCCAUCACUGAUGUCCCCGGUAUCGAGACGACGCACGAUGCCAAUGUCCAUGGGAAGAGCGGCGCUGUGGAAGUCGAGGUUCCAGGGCUUAAGCGCGCAACAGAGUUGCGUAACAUUAUUUUUGUCACUUCCGAGGUCGCCCCCUGGUCAAAGACGGGUGGCCUCGCCGACGUGCUGGGCUCCCUGCCCUUCGCCCUGGCGGAGAGGGGUCACCGGGUCAUGGUGGUGGCGCCCCGGUACGAGCCGUACGAGGGCCCCGUCAACACUGGCGUGCGUGUCACCUUGAUGGGUCAUGCAGAGGUGGGCUACUUCCAUCAGCAAAUUCGUGGAGUGGACUUCGUUUUCGUGGACCACCCCUCCUAUCCUCGACCCGGCGGACUGUACGCCGACACGCACGGAGUGUACGGCGAUAACCAGUUCCGCUUCACCCUGCUCUGUCUGGCUGCUCUGGAGGCGCCCUUCUUCCUGGAGCUCCCGCUGCCCCCCCAGCAGCUGGACCCGCCCCGAUCGCCCUCCGCCGCCGUCGCACCACUACCUAACGGUAAUGGUGACGACAACAGCAAUGGUACGGAUGCCGUACCCAGCAGCAAGUACGGCCAGGAUGUAAUGUUUAUUGCCAACGACUGGCACGCGUCCCUGGUGCCAGUCUACCUAGCCGCCAAGUACCGGCCCCACGGGGUGUACGGCAACGCCAGGUGCAUCCUGGCUAUACACAAUUUGCGGCAUCAGGGUGUUUUCCCGCCUGGCACGUUCGCCUCCCUGGACCUCCCGCACCAGUGGUACGGCUGUCUGGAGUGGCAGUACCCGCCACAUCAGCGACAAGGCAGUUGGGCAGAGGAGGGACGAUCGGUCAACCACCUCAAGGCUGGCCUAACCACUGCCGACCGCAUCGUAACCGUGUCCGCGGGUUACGCUGAGGAGAUCAAGACCUAUCUGGGCGGCUGGGGCAUGGAGGGGAUACUCUCUGCACGUGACCCCGUCCUCAACGGCGUGGUGAACGGCAUCGACACGGACGAGUGGAACCCCGCCACCGACCCACACCUGCCCUUCAAGUACGACACAACUAACUUCGUCGAGGGCAAGGCCAAAUGUAAAAUGGAGCUGCAGACGGGUGGACUUCGUGACACGGUUAUUGACUUCGACCCGUGGAGUCAGUCGGGAACCGGGUGGACGUACACCAGCUGCGAUGCACAGGGGUUGCUGCACGCAACGGGUUUGGCGCUGCUGACGUAUCAAAACCACCGAGACGACUUCCGGAAACUGCAGCUCCGGGGUAUGACGAGGGAGGCCUCCUGGGACCAGGCGGCGCAGCAGUACGAACAAAUCAUCAAUUGGACUUUCAUGGAUCCGCCGUACUGCCGUUAA